AUGAGACACAACUUUUUGGCUUCAAGCAUGAUUUCUCCCUGGUCAUCAUCUUCACAAUUUCAUGUAGUAGCGGUUUCUCAAAUUCUGGGCUUUCUUUUCUUCUUCUUUUCUAAUGGAGUUUCAGGGACUACUUUUACUUUUGUAAAUGACUGUGAGUUCACUAUUUGGCCUGGAAUCCAAGGAUUUGCAAGCUCAGCGCGUUUCAAUAUCACCGGAUUCGAGUUACCAAACGGUAAUUCACGAUCUCUUCAAGCUCCAGAUGGGUGGGUGGGUCGGUUCUGGGGUAGAACAGGCUGCAACUUCAAUGCAUCUGGUAAUGUGUCAUGCGCUACAGGUGAUUGUGGCCCCGGUAAAAUAGAGUGCAAUGGAACCUCAUACAUACCACCCGUUACAAUCGCGGAAUUCAGUGUCAACCAAUUCCAAGGCCAAGAUUUUUAUGAUGUCAGCCUUGUUGAUGGCUUCAACCUCCCAAUACUUGUGGAGGCGACUGGCGGUUCUGGUUUUGGUUUUGGUUUUGGUUCUGGUUCUGGUUCUGGUUCUGGUAGUUGUGCAAAGACAGGUUGUGUUGACGACUUGAAUCAACGUUGUCCAACAGAGUUAAGUCUGAGAGGUGGAGAAGGGUGUAGGAGUGCUUGCCAGGCGUUUGGCUCGCCGGAGUAUUGUUGUGUCAGUUCAUUUUCAACACGCUCGACGUGUAGGCCAACAGCAUAUGCUCAGUUGUUUAAAUCAGCGUGCCCGAGAUCCUAUAGCACCGCGUUCGAAGAUCAGACGAGUACGUUUACGUGUCGCGAUGCUGAUUACAGCAUCAGAUUUUGUCCUGCUUCCGAUUCAUUUUCAACGAUCGAACUCGGCGGCCAACUCGACUCUACUGACCAGCUUGUUUCCAUCCGUGGAAAUUUCACAUUAGGGUUUUUCGGUGAAGGGUAUAGGUAUUUGGGAAUUUGGUAUACUGACGAUGUUGAAUUAAAGAAAGUAUGGGUAGCGAAUCCAAACACGCCAAUUGUAUCCACCUCAGGUGCUCAUGCCCUCUCCAUCGACGCCAACAUUGGAGACUUGAUCGUCACUGCUGGAGGGAGAACUCUAAUGAGUAUUACAAAUAUUGAAACCGGUCCAAACCCAAAUGUGACUGCAACUCUCGAAGAGAAUGGUAAUUUUAGGUUGAUUGAUGAAACUGACAAAAGUGUUUUAUGGCAGAGUUUUGAUCAUCCAACGAAUGUACUUUUACCUGGUAUGAAACUUGGGUAUGACAUGACAACAGGGAAGAACUGGACCUUGACUUCUUGGGUGAGUAAUGAUAUUCCUGAGUCAGGAGCUUUUACUUUGAGUUGGGAACCUAUCGAUGAAGCGUCGCAAAGAUUAAUGAUUCGACAACGAGGAAAACCCUACUGGACUAGUGGGAAUCUAAACAAUCAAGUAUUUCAAUAUAUGUUUGCAUUGAAUGGCCCAAGUAGUCAAUCUAGAUAUAAUCUCUCUUCUGUAUACACCAACGAAGCACGAUACUUUAGCUACGAGGCCAAUAAUAUCGCUGCUUUACCAAUGUGGAUUUUAACAGCAAAAGGACAAAUUACAGAUAUUGAUAAUUCUACUGUUUGGACACCUGAGUUCUGUUAUGGGUAUGAUUCUGGUAAUGGUUGUGUGGAGUCGAGUUUGCCUCAGUGUAGAAGAGAGAGUGAUAAUUUUAGUGAAAAGAAUGGAGAUUUUGCUCGGGAUACGACAAGAAUUGAUAUUGAUGAUAAUUCGAGCUUAAGUAUUAGUGAUUGUUUUGUUAAGUGUUGGAAUGAUUGCACUUGUGUGGGGUUUAAUAGUAGUAGCAUCAAUGGAACUGGCUGUGUUAUAUGGACUGGAAGUAAUAACUUUUUGGUUAAUCCUCGUGAUAACUCUACUUUAAAGUAUGUGAUCAACCAAAAUUCAAUCACUCCAAAUACAGGUAACAAAACAGAAAAGAGCAAGAAUUGGGUAUGGAUACUAAUUGGCGUUGUCAUUCCUCUCUUUUUCCUAUGUUUUGGCAUUUUGUGGUAUAUAAAGAAGAGAAAGCGUACACGAAAAGAAUAUGAGAGACACAAGAGAGAUGAGUAUUUCCUGGAGUUGACAGCUUCUGAAAGCUUCAAGGAUAUACAUCAGCUUGAAAACAAUGGUGGGAAAGGAAAUGACUUGUUAUUAUUUAGCAUUGCUUCUAUCAUGGCUGCCACUGAUGAUUUCACAGUUGAAAAUAAGCUUGGACAAGGUGGUUUUGGACCUGUUUACAAGGGAAGACUAAGUGAUGGACGAGAAAUUGCAAUCAAAAGGCUUUCAAGAACAUCAGGGCAAGGGCUUGUGGAAUUCAAGAAUGAAUUAGUACUCAUUGCUAAACUCCAACAUACAAAUCUUGUUCGGGUUCUUGGUUGUUGCAUUCAUGGUGAAGAAAAGAUGUUAAUAUACGAAUAUAUGCCCAACAAAAGCUUAGAUUUCUUUCUCUUUGAUGAAAACAGAAAGGCAGAGUUGGAUUGGCGUAAACGAUUUGACAUAAUUGAAGGAAUUGCUCAAGGGUUGUUAUACCUGCAUAAAAUAUUCAAGCAGAAUGAGACCGAGGCAAUCACUAACAGGGUGGUUGGAACAUAUGGUUAUAUGUCUCCUGAGUAUGCAAUGGAAGGGACUUUCUCUAUCAAGUCUGAUAUCUUCAGCUUUGGAGUCUUGAUCUUGGAAAUUGUUAGUGGAAGAAGAAAUAGCAGCUUUGUUCAUCUUGAUCGGACAUUCAAUCUUAUUGGAUAUGCAUGGGAGCUAUGGCAACAAGGGGAUACAUUGGAAUUGAAGGAUCCUACAUUGGGAAAUACUUUUGUUGUACAACAAUUCUUGAGGGCUGUUCAUGUUGCCCUUUUAUGUGUACAAGAAAGUGCAAUCGAUAGGCCAACAACAUCUGAUAUGAUCUCCAUGCUUCUUAAUGAAACCAUGUCAUUACCCACUCCAAAUAGGCCAGCCUUCAUCAUCACCACUAGAGUGGAAUCAGAGUCAAAGUCAAAGUCAACUUCAGAUGAAAACAAAGCAAAAGAUUGCUCUGUAAAUAAUAUGACAAUCACUGUUGUAGAGGGUCGAUAGUUAAUGAAUGUAGCGUUGACCAAUGUUAUCCUUAAGUUUGUAAUUUUUUGAAACCACAGGGACCAUUGA